AUGCCUGGUGCACCAUUGGCCCUUCAAACACUGGUCCUCCAGUCAUCCAAGGUCCCUUCGUCCAGACUUGGUCGGCUAUUUCACUAUGGCGGCCUUGCAGCAGCGCUUUCAUACGGUGCUGCUUCCGAACUCUUAUGUCGCUCUACCACCUUUCAUGCAGACAAUACACAACCAGUCGUGAUGACCGAAGCAAACAUAACCCGUCCGGUGUCUAAACUCUCCCAGAUGCGCGAUGCCGCACUGAAGCUCGGCCAGUUCAUGAGCAUCCAAGGUGCACAUCCAUUUAUCACUAUUUAUUACGUUCUCCAAGUCGACAAAAUCUUCUGCCACAUUCAAGACAGUGCGCAAUACAUGACAGACUGGCAAAUGAAACAAGUGCUUUGUACAUCUCUAGGCAAAUCAUGGGUCGACAAUUUUACAUUGUUCGACUGUAUACUAUUUGCAGCUGCGAGCAUCGGUCAAGUGCACAACCCUGUCCUCGCUCCCAGUCAGAGUUCGUCUGGCAAAGAUGGUCAACGUGUCGCUAUGCUUCUUCUUACCGCUGGAAGCUUGCUUCCCCGGGGAUUGUACCUUGACCGUACGAUUCAGGUAACGAAAGGCGAGCUUCCUGACGAAUGUGACUACUCAUGCGAGGCAAGUUUCCUCGGGCGGUAUGGGAGACUAAAGUGUUUUGGUGCAGAUGCACGGUUCAAGCGUGUGCUUGUGAUGGAGCAUGCAGAAGGUGCCAGCGUUGGAGACACUAUUAUUGGAGCUCUGCCACAGGAGGAGCGGAAUGAGGUACGCAAUUUAAUAUCGUGGUGGAUUGCAUCACGAAUCAUCGAGCUUGACACCUGGCUCUGCCUCCUUCAAGCCGCUGCAUCUGAGGAUCGUACUGCAUCCGAGGACCGUACUACAUGCGCAGAAUGGAGUCAAAAACUUGGAUAUCUCACAGGAGAAGAGAAUAAAGUCAUGCUAAAUACGCACAUCGAUUCCAUGGUCCUCCUGGCUACCCCCUUCAAACCCACGGAAACUGAGCGGGGCUUUCCUACUCGCUUCCAGAAGCUGUGGGACCAAGUCACUAAUUCGUACACAUUUGGUUGA